AUGGGCAGCGUUGAUGCUUUCUACACCCAUAGUGACUUCCUGGAUCUGUGGCCACAUAUAAAAGGUUUGCGGAAAGAGGCCAAUGCCAACUUCUCUCAUCGCUUUCAGGAGUACCUGGAGACUCUGCUCUAUCCAAACUACUUGGCUUUCCUGGAUAGCAACUGGGGCCCCAAGGACUGCGAGUCUGUGUCCACGGCACGCGGGAACCAGGACCUGUACAAAGUGGUCACGUGGACCAAUGGCAAGAGAGUCCCUUGUGAGGGAACCAUCGAUGGAGGUCGGUGGACAAUCAUACAGAGGCGAGUGAAUGGACGUGUGGACUUCGAGAGAUCCUGGGCUGACUACCGGAUGGGUUUCGGUGACCCGCACGGCGACUAUUGGCUUGGUCUGGACGACAUGGCUGACCUCACCAGACGUAGUGAUCAAGAGCUAAGAAUAGACUUCUUAUACAAAGGCCAGAACUAUACCUUCAAGUAUUUCCCUUUUCGCGUGGCACCUGUUCAAGACAACUUCCGGCUUGACCUGGGAUCCCACAGAGACGACAGUUUCUAUUCGUUUCACAACGGUGCAGUGUUUUCUACCAAUGACAACUCCAAUAUCCCAAAUUUAUGUACUUCGUAUUAUCAUGGUGGAUGGUGGUACGUUGAUUGUCUCAAGGUAUAUCUCAACGGUGUCUGGCACGAAACCACGUAUGCUAAAAUGUUGCCAUGGUAUCCUGUCACAGAUUAUUAUGACAGUGUCGAGUUCGUCAGCAUGAAAAUCCGACGCCGCGCUAACAAAUGA